AUGAACGACGAUAUGCCGCCCAGGGAGAGCUGCAUGUUGAAAUCAUCGAUGGUAGCCACUUUCACCAACCCUGAGACACAGGUCCCAACGCCUGUUCGUAAGGGCGCCAUUAUAGAUCUCUCGGAUAACAAUGGGAGGACAGCUUUAUCAUUUGCAGCAGAGAAAGGCCUAUUGGGCGAGGUAAUGCUUUUGCUGGAAAGUAAUGCUGAUACUGAUCUUCGCGACGACACUGGGCGAUCUCCCCUAUUAUGGGCUUUGUUCCACAAUCAUACUGAUGUAGCCAAGCUUCUGCUGGAGAAAGACAUCAACGUAAAUGUUAAGGAUAGGGAAGGAAGAACUGCCCUCUCUCUGUGCGCAGGGAGAGGCCUCACAGAAAUCGCUCAACUUCUGGUCAACAAAGGAGCUGAUCUGGAUUCCAAAGACGAAGACGAUCGUCCACCCAUCUCAUAUGCUGCGAGAUGGGGCUAUACCGAGAUUGUGUGCCUGUUGAUUGACGGAGGGGCAGACCCAAACUUGGUGGAAGAGUUGCAAUGGGAGGAAUUUCAAACACCAGUUUGCUGGGCAGUAGAGUAUGGCCAAGAAGCGGUAGUACGGACUUUUCUGGCGAAAACCAACGCCCUUCAAGCAUGCGAAAACACCUGCUCCGAUCACCGCAAGCCCUUGAUGCUUGCUUUUGGGAGUCAAAGCGAGGCAAUGGUCAAGCUAUUGCUCGAUCAUGGUGCGGAUCUCUGGGGAUAUUUAUCCAAUGACGGACCUCUCGCAUGGGCUGCAGAGCUUGGCAGGUACAAUAUGGUACAAAUCUUUCUACAACACGAGACUCGGGCGUAUGAGGACAGGCAGAGCCAUAUGUUUAGCGCUUUGAUGUUAGCUGCUGAAAGUGAUCAUGGUGGAAUAGUCGAGCUGUUGCUGGAAGAUGGCGCCCUAGAGGGACAAGGUGCUUACCAAACAGCCUGGGAUUUAGCAGAAUGCUUCGGACAGGAAGAAGUCAUGACCACUCUAGACCCUUAUCUUACAAAUGAGGACGGCGAUGGGAAGUAA